GGGAGCCCCUCAACCAUACUCGGCUAGUUAAGACUAGGAGAGGCGGUGCUGACUGGGUCCAAGGCCAGGGACUGCCCGAGGGAGGGGCUCGGGCGAGUGGGACCGCGGAAACUGAACUCCCGAGAAGGGGCGGGGCUUACAGGAAGUCUGCAUGGGGGGUGAGAGAGGUGGGAGAGUGGGAAAGGAGGUGUUCGGUGGUAGGGUUCCUUCUGGAAGGCGUGACUGUGAGGAGAGGCCGGAGAGGGAUCAGAGCGUUGGGAGUAGUAGAAGGGAGAGUCUGGGGCUGAGAAGGGCUAGCAGCCUAUGAUAGGGAGUAGGCGCGGGGGCUCCCAGCCUUCCAGACUGACGGGAGAAGGGGUGGGACUCGCUUGAGCCGGGCACAGGCCCACCAGAGUGGAGUCCCGGGCAGAGUGGGACUGCCCCAGUGGGGGCAGGAGCAAGACCUACUGGUCAGGAUAGAGAGGAAGGUUUUGAGGGAAAUAAGGAUAACCCGGCUCCUUUGGCUACCGGGAAAGGGGCGGACUAGCUUGGAGAAAGGCGGGGAAUAGCUCUAGAACCAAGUUAGAAGCAGUUAGGCUCCCGGGCGGAGGGGCGGGGAGACAAGGAACCAUUUAUUCUUCUCAUUGGCUGGGACUACCCUCAUAGGCGACACCCCGUUACUUCGUUACUCGGCCCUCCUAACCUUAAACCCCUCCUCUUCCUCUGAAACUGGGUGGCAGUCCCGCCUUCUAUCCUAGUACUUCCUGUUCCCGACUAAGCUUGCCUGGGGAGUGGGGGGCUCAAGGGUGACCGUGGCCUGAGUGACCCUGGAAGGCGCGCCCGUCUGGGGCGGGUCGUGAAGUCAGACACCAGGCGGAAGGGGCGGUGCUCAGGCCGCGCACAGCAGGUGCAGGAUCCGUGCCGGCGGCGGGGCUGGGGCUGACUGCUGUCUCGGGAUGCCGGGAGAGGAGGAGGCGCGGGCCUUCCUGGCAGUCCGCGAGGAGCUCGUGAGCGCCCUGAGGACGGAUUCUGGGCAGUCAUUCUCCCUGGAGCAGCUUCGGCCACUGCUGGUCACAUCUCUGCCGCCAGCCGCCCGCUACCUGCAGCUGGACGCCGCACGCCUGGUCCGCUGCAAUGCUCACGGGGAGCCCCAAAACUACCUCAACACUCUGUCCACGGCCCUGAAUAUCCUGGAGAAAUAUGGCCGCAAUCUCCUCAGCCCUCAAAGACCUCGGUACUGGCGCGGGGUCAAGUUUAAUAAUCCCGUCUUUCGAAGUACAGUGGAUGCUGUGCAGGGGGGCCGGGAUGUUCUGCGAUUGUAUGGUUACACAGAGGAGCAGCCAGAUGGGUUGAGCUUCCCUGAGGGGCAAGAGGAUCCGGAUGAGUAUCAAGUUGCUACAGUCACACUGGAAGUACUCUUACUUCGGACCGAGCUCAGUCUGCUGUUACAGGGUUCUCACCCAAGAGAGCAAGCACUGGAGCAGCUGCUGAAAGACAAGGUUGAUGAUGAUGCACAGAAGAUGCUGCAGCUCUCAGAGUUUGCCCCUCUACUGAGAGAGAUUGCUCCUGGCCCCCUUACCACACCAUCUGCCCCAGCCUCCACUUCUGGUCCCUGCUUCCUCUGUGGUUCUGCCCCAGGCACAUUGCACUGCUCAGCCUGUAAACAGGCCUUGUGCCCAGCUUGUGAUCGCCUGUUCCAUGGGCACCCAUCCCGUGCCCAUCACCUCCGCCAGACCUUGCCUUGGGUCCCCCAGACUGCCCACUUGACCCCUAGCUUACCUGCCUCAGCUCCACCACGGCCCCAGCUAACCUCCAUGCUGGCCCUGGGAGAAAACUCCCUUUCGUCCCCUGAUCCUACAAGUGUCCGUCUUCCUUGGCACUGUGCCACCUGUGCCAUGCUAAAUGAAUCUUGUGCCGUGCUCUGUGUGGCCUGUGAUCGGCCCAGAGGCUGUAAGGGGUUAGGGCUGGAUAUCUUGGGUCCCCAAGGCUCUGGGAGCCUAGAACCUGAACUUGCACGGGGUCAUUGGGCCUGCCAGAGCUGCACCUUUGAGAACGAGGCGGCAGCUGUGCUCUGUGCCAUGUGUGAACGACCUCGGCUGGCCCAGCCUCCUAGCUUGGUGGUGGAUUCUCAAGAUGCCAGCAUUUGCCUGCAGCCCCUUCAGGGAGAUACUUUGCUCUCCUCUGCCCAGACUCCGGUCUGGUACUGUAUUCACUGUACCUUCUGCAACUCGGGCCCUGGCUGGGUGUGUGCUGUGUGCAACCGGACCAGCAGCCCCAUCCCAGUAAAGCAUGCCUCCCGGCCCAGUGCCAGCUCAUUGGAAGAGCGACUCCCGGAGCCAGGGCCUCAACGACGCCUCAGUGCCCCCCUGCCCAGUUCCUGUGGGGACCCUGAGAAGCAGCGCCAAGACAAGAUGCGGGAGGAGGGUCUUCAGCUAGUGCUCAAGAUCCGGGAAGGAGAAGCUGCAGGCGCCUGCCCAGAGGAGGUCUUCUCAGCUCUGCAGUACUCCGGCACCGAGGUGCCCUUGCAGUGGCUCCGCUCAGAACUGCCCUGUGUGCUGGAGAUGGUGGCUGAGCUGGCUGGACAGCAGGACCCGGGGCUGGGUGCCUUCUCCUGUCAGGAGGCCCAGAAAGCCUGGCUGGAUCGUCAUGGCAAUCUCGAUGAAGCUGUGGAAGAGUGUGUGAGGGCCCGGCGGAAGAAGGUGCAGGAACUUCGAUCCCUGGGCUUUGGACCUGAGGAUGGGUCUCUUCAAGCAUUGUUCCAACAUGGGGGUGACGUGGCUCGGGCCCUAACGGAGCUACAGCGCCAGCGCCUAGAGCCCUUCCAUCAGCGCCUCUGGGACAGUGGCCCAGCGCCCACCCCUUCGUGGGACGAUCCAGACAAGCAGAGCUUGAUCAGACGGCUCUUGGCAGUCUACGCACUCCCCAGCUGGGGCCGGGCAGAGCUGGCACUGUCACUGCUGCAGGAGACACCCAGGAACUAUGAACUGGGCGAUGUUGUAGAAGCCGUGAGGCAGAGCCAAGACCGGGCCUUUCUGCGCCGCUUACUUGCCCAGGAGUGUGCUGUGUGUGGCUGGGCCCUUCCCCGGAACCGGAUGCAGGCCCUGACUUCCUGUGAGUGCACCAUCUGUCCUGACUGCUUCCGCCAGCACUUCACCAUCGCCUUGAAGGAGAAGCACAUCACCGACAUGGUGUGCCCCGCCUGUGGCCGUCCUGACCUCACUGAUGACACACAGUUGCUCAGCUACUUCUCCACUCUGGAUAUCCAGCUUCGAGAUAGCCUGGAGCCAGAUGCCUAUGCCCUGUUUCAUAAGAAGCUGACCGAAGGCGUGCUCAUGCGGGACCCUAAGUUCCUGUGGUGUGCCCAGUGCUCCUUUGGUUUCAUAUAUGAGCGUGAGCAGCUGGAGGCAACGUGUCCACAGUGUCACCAGACCUUCUGUGUGCGCUGUAAGCGUCAGUGGGAGGAGCAGCAUCGGGGCCGCAGCUGCGAGGAUUUCCAGAACUGGAAACGCACCAAUGACCCAGAAUACCAGGCCCAGGGCCUGGCCAUGUACCUUCAGGAAAAUGGCAUUGAUUGCCCCAAGUGCAAGUUCUCGUAUGCACUGGCCCGAGGAGGCUGUAUGCACUUUCACUGCACCCAGUGCCGUCACCAGUUCUGCAGUGGAUGCUACAAUGCCUUUUACGCCAAGAAUAAAUGUCCAGACCCUAACUGCAGGGUGAAAAAGUCCCUGCACGGACACCAUCCCCGAGACUGCCUCUUCUACCUGCGGGACUGGACUGCUCUCCGGCUCCAGAAACUGCUACAGGACAAUAAUGUCAUGUUCAACACAGAGCCCCCAGCAGGCGCCCGGGCAGUCCCUGGAGGCGGCUGCCGAGUGAUGGAGCAGAAGGAAGUUUCCAAUGGGUUCCGGGACGAAGCUUGUGGCAAGGAGACUCCUGCGGGCUAUGCGGGCCUCUGCCAGGCACACUACAAAGAGUAUCUUGUAAGCCUCAUCAAUGCCCACUCACUGGACCCAGCCACCCUGUAUGAGGUAGAGGAGUUGGAGACAGCUGCCGAGCGCUACCUGCACGUGCGCCCGCAGCCACUGGCUGGGGAGGAUGCCCCUGCCUACCACGCCCGCCUGUUACAGAAGCUGAUGGAAGAGGUGCCCUUGGGACAGAGUAUCUCCCGCAGGAGGAAGUAGCUGAGGGUGAGGGUCCCAUGGCCCCACUCCCUCAGGAGCAGCUCCAGCACCAAUAAAGAGGCAUCUCCUUGCCCAGG